AUGACGGAGGACGGCAACGAGGAGGCCGAGGAGAAGAAGGCGGCGGAUUCGAACAAUCCGUCAAUGAACGGAGCACCACCACCGCCAGCUCCUCCUCCUGCUGCGUCCUCUCCUGCUCCUCCAGCCCCACAGUCUCCGGCUUCUCAGCCUGCUCCGGGAGCACCAGCUCCUCCUGCAAACGGCCAACCUGCAAUGGCUGGUGAGAAGAAAUCUAGAAAAUCGGUGUAUGUUUCUUUAUUCAGCUACUCAAGAUCCGAACUAUCAGACGCUGGCGGGACUGAACAACAACGUUUUCGAGAACAAAGGAGCCGGAGCACCAGCCGCCGCUGCUCCGGCCGCCGGAAAGCCCGGAAUGGCUGCGACUCAGGAUCCGAACUACCAGACCUUGGCUGGAUUGAAUAACAAUGUAUUUGAGAAGAAGGACGGCGCGGCUCCGGCGGCUCCACCUCCUGCCGGCGGUCCUGCUGCGCCCAAGGAUCAAAACGCGAAGGCGGCCACUCAAGAUCCGAACUAUCAGACUCUCGCCGGACUCAACAACAAUGUGUUCGAGAAAAAGGAAGGAGCGGCUCCUGCGGCUGCUGCUGCUCCGGCUGCUGGCGGCGACAAGAAGCCAUUGCAACCGGCGAACAAGGGUCAGAAGGCGGCGACUCAGGACCCGAACUACCAGACAUUGGCGGCCGUCGGGGGAGAUGUGUUCGGGGCGGACAAGAAGGCGGGAGCUGCCGGCGGAGACGGAAAGAAACCGACGCAGCCGGCCAACAAGGUGAUCGGAACUCUGACUCCUUCUCAUCUCAUCUUUGUCCUUUUCAGAACCAGAAGGCAGCAACGAUGGAUCCAAACUACCAGACUCUGGCUGCUGUCGGUGGGGACGUCUUCGGUCCUGACAAGAAGAAGAAAUGA